UUGAACGCUUCGGAAAAUUCUCGAUCGCUACCUUGACAACUGUUUGUUUUUGAUUGGCUGAAAAUUUUCAGGAAAAUCAAAUUCCUUUCAAAAGGGAAUUUAUUUGAUUUCUGUGCGUCGGAUAAAUCGUAAGGUAUAAAGUCAAAAGUGAAUUAAAUGCAUUUCAAGAUGGCUUUAUUUAGCCGUAAAAUAUACCUAUUGGGUGCCUUUCUGGUGUUAGUGAAUGCAAUAAGUGUGGUGCAUUCAGAGGAGCCGAAGGAAAAGGAUGGGGACGACGAAGCGACUGUGGAGACUGUGGAAGAGGAGAAUGUAUAUCAGAGUCCAAAAAUAAGCCCCGAAAAAGUAUAUUUAGCUGAACAUUUUGAUGACGAGGCUGCAUUCAAGAAGAAAUGGGUGAAGUCUGAAGCGAAGAAACAGGGUGUUGAUGAGAAUAUUGCCAAGUAUGAUGGCAAAUGGGCGAUUCAACAACCAAGCAGAAAGAUCUUCAAAGAUGACUUAGGUCUGGUGUUAACGACUGAAGCAAAGCAUGCAGCCAUAUCAACUCUUUUGCAGCGGCCAUUUGAAUUCAAGGACAAACCCUUCAUUGUCCAGUAUGAAGUUACCAUGCAGGAAGGCCAAAACUGCGGUGGUGCCUACAUCAAGCUCCUAUCCCGCGGUACCAACACUCGAGCAGAUCUCCGCAAGUUCUACGACCAGACUCCUUACACCAUCAUGUUUGGCCCGGACAAGUGUGGCAAUGACAACAAACUGCACUUCAUCUUUAGACAUAAGAACCCCAAGACUGGUGUCAUUGAAGAGAAGCAUAGCAAGAAGCCUACUCAACGUCUAGAUGAAAUUUACAAGGACAAGGAUCCUCAUCUCUACACUCUCAUCGUCCGGCCAGACAACACGUUCAGCAUACUCAUUGACAACAAGGAGGUCAACUCUGGAUCCCUGCUUGAAGACUUCGCGCCACCCGUCAACCCACCAGAAGAAAUUGACGACCCUAAUGAUAGGAAACCUGACGAUUGGGAUGAGAGGGAAAAGAUUGUUGACCCAACUGCAAAGAAGCCAGAGGACUGGGACGAGGAUGCGCCGGCACAGAUCGUUGACCCCAACGCUGUCAAACCCGAUGGUUGGCUCGACGACGAACCUGAAAUGAUUCAUGACCCUGAAGCAAAGAAGCCCGAAGAUUGGGAUGACGAUAUGGACGGUGAAUGGGAGGCUCCUCUCAUCGACAACCCAGUCUGUGCCUCCGCUGCAGGAUGUGGCAAGUGGAACCCUCCCACCAUUCCCAACCCCAACUACAAGGGCGUUUGGCGCGCUCCCCUGAUCAAGAACCCCAACUACAAAGGCAAGUGGAAGCCGCGCCGCAUUCCCAACCCGGAUUACUUCAAGGACGAAACGCCAUUCCGUAUGACGCCUAUUCAUGCCGUCGGCUUCGAGCUAUGGUCGAUGUCUCCAAUGCUUCUGUUCGACAACUUGAUCAUCACGGACGACCUGGCCGUUGCUGAGGAAUGGGCUCAGAACACCUUCGCACUCAAACGUGCUAAGAUCUCCAGGGAUUCGCAAACGCUAUGGGGCCGCAUGUUACGUGCGAUGAACUACAAGCCGGGCUGGUGGGCUCUGUACGCGGUCUACGUCGCUAUACCCAUCGUGGCAUACAUCGUCUGUCUCGUACGACGGGCUAAUGAGGAUUCUGACGCCGACAUGAAGAAGACGGACGCGGUGGUAGAGGACGAUCCUCACCAGUCUGAAGGUGAAGCUGAGGCUGAGGAGGAACUCAAGGAGGAAGCUGAGAGGCCCAGCAAGGCCGACCUUGAGGGCCCAGAGGUUGAUAACGACGAUGCUGAAGUCAUCACUACUACUGAAGAAGUAGCUGACACUACACCAUUAGUGGAUACAGAGGGCGCUGGUGACGGCCAAAGGAAACGCAAGCCUCGUCGGGAGUAAAUGUAUUCUGUGGCAGAUGUAUAGAUGUAAUACGUGUGUGUGAGUGCGCUGUCAUAGUGUGUGUAGCGAGCGGUCGUUGUCCACUAGUGACGUCACAGGCUAGUGACUACACUUACAAUGUUGAGCUCGGCAAUCUUAGACAAUUAACUAUCAACCUCAGUACCAUAUUAAAUAUCUACUAAAACAAACAACCAAAGAGUUGUGAAGACCAAAGCUAGAUUGUAAAUUAACAAGCACUGUUAAAAGUAAAGCAUUACAUUACACUGUAACAAUAUUUUGCUAGUAAACAUAAUAUUAAAAAAUUACAUGUUUCAUUAUUUUGAAUGGAACAAAUCUCAGUGUCAUAAUACAAGGUACUUAUAAUAACUCCCGGCUCAACAUUAAAGUGCAUAUCUGCCUUCUAUAUAAACCUUCUAUGUAGUUAAGCUAUGUUUAGUCCUAUAUAAUAUAGAAAAUUAUAUUCUCGUCUGUCUAUCACGCCCGUAAUACUUGUAUUUCGCGGUUUCCUUGUAUUUAAGGAAAUAAUUUGAUAUUUAUACUAUCAUAGUAUACUAAUGUUCUGCUAUUUUAAUACAAUACAGAAUGCAAAGGUAUUAAUAAUAUAUUUAGACAAAUUGUAGCAAUAAUUUAUUUGAGCAAAUAGGAAAAUAUGGGUAAAGCUAAACAUCUCUAUGACCAAAUUAUUUAUAACGGCUUCUUGGUAUAAAUACAUUAAUAUAUAAAAUAAUAAUGCUAAUUAUUCCCUUCUUAUUUUACAAAAGCACUUUGUAACUUAUUUUCUGCACUGCCAAAGAGCUUCAGCCGCCCUAUAUUUUAACUUGUGACCAAUUUAGUGAACAAAUGUUAAGGAGAUGACUUAUGUUAAAUAUUUUUAUGAUUUACAUAGAAACAUUGUUUUCAGCGGUCGGCGACACAAGUCGAGUUGUGACCCGAAUUCUGUAGCCGACCGCCUGAAGUUAUUAACUUAGCUGGCACUGUGUGCUCAAGAUUUUGUUACGAAUUUCAUUAAUAAAUAUUAUACAUAAUACAUGUGGAAUAUAAUAUAAUGUGGAAUAAAUAGUUUAAUUUGUAUAAUUUUCUCGUAUCCCUUUCGGGUUCCGUGUGAAAGCGUUAUAUGUAUAUAAUUUGUCGGCUUGUAUUAAUGUUAGUCGCAACUAAAUAUUUUCGUGCGAUUCCUUUCUGCAUUUUACUUUAUGACUUGUACAUUUAGAUAGAAAAAAACAUGCUUGUUCUCUAGUAUUAACUUCAUAAUAAUUGUAUGUAAUAUACAUGAAUGGCAUGAUGAAUGAUUUACUUCACCUAUUAUAGGUCGUGCUCACAGUAAACUAUUUAAAUUUUAUUUUGUAUGCAAUUCGCUUACUUAUGAGUUAAUGCGCUGGCGCCGGUGAGAACAAUGUAAUGUUAAAUAAUAUUACCGAUAUAUACACAAUCACAAUGUUCAUUGUCACUACAAAGAAACGUUUUAGCAACAUCAAAUUCAUGUUAUUGCUUAUAGAACAUAUACUUAUGUAGAUAAAAUAAUAAUCUUUGAAAAUUAUAACGAGCACGAUCUAACAUGGCUCACAGCAGUUAUUAAUAAAAAAUACAUACUGAUUAUAUUUGGAAUGUAACAGAAACUUAUUUACUUUUUAAUAGUUGGAUUCUACCAAGAUAUUCUGUGAGCCAUACGUACAUUCUCGCAAAGCUACGGUUGUUUAGGGCAGCUGUAAUAUAAAUACGUCUCGAUGCUUUUAUUUUCCUAAGUUCGACUGUGUGAUACGUGAAGUUAAUGGACUGUAAUUUAUAUGGAUAAUAAACUGAAUAAUUUUUA